AUGUCUGUACCAAAAGCGGUAACCCGAGCUACACUCGGGCUUACCAUGCAGCCCUGUAUAGGGAGUCCCUGCAGCACUUACCUUGUCCUUCGCUCCCGCGAUGUGUCCCCUGCAACGUCCCCGGCCAUGUCCUCCGGCCGAUGCCGGCAUCCGCCUCCUGUGUUCCGGCCCCUGUUACGUCGGGACAUACGGGCGGCGGUGGGAAAUUUGAAAAUUUGAAAAAAAUUUCAUUUUUUGCAAAACGAUUUUACAUAUGCUUUGUCCGGCGCCCUGUCUGCAUUUUGAUUGUUCUUUCUG